UUCACCAUCACUAAAUUUUGGGUAUAUAAAUCGAGGAUAAUCUCAGUUGAAUUCAUUGUAACAAAUAAUUGACUCCAUUGUCAGUUCGAAUAGAUUAUUUGUUUGAAUGUAAUUAUUAGAUCACAUCAAAUAAGAUGGUUUCAAAGUUUGGAUCAUCGAUCGUUCGAUCGAUGUUCCUGAUUAUUUGUUCGGCAUCGUUGAUUGCUGAUGUCGAAUCGAUAAUAAUUAUCGGAGAUGUGGUCGAUUUAAUUAACGAUGUUACCUCACUAAUUACCGGUAUGGAUGGUCUUAUUGAUUUAAUAAAAAAUGACGACAGCGAUGAAAUAUUUCAAAACAAAGUAACAAAUAAACUCGACAAUAUUUAUAACGCGUGUUUGAAGAUUGAUGAAGUAAAAGACCAAAUUAGAAACUUGACUUCUGUCGUGGAUGCAAACGCCAUCCGUGUUAUUUCGGAAAUCGCUUUGAGAGAAGACAUGAACUACGUAUUAGAAAUAAAUGAUAUAUUGAAUAUAAUUGAGACUAGAUAUAAAAAUGAUUUUUCAAAGGUUUAUAACCAAAUCAAAAACUAUCGUCAUGAAUCAAUCGAUACAUAUAUUUCCUCAAUUAUUGAUAACGAUGACAUGAAAGAUAAACUAACGCGUAUUUUAAGGGCCACUAGGUUGGCUACUAGAAAUCACUUUUAUGCAGGAAAAAAUAUUUUUGAAAUAGCUGUCGCUUAUUCGAAAAAUGAGAGAAAUUAUCAUCGGGAUUGCAAUGAUAUAUCUGCUUACGAUAAAUUAUACAAUUUUUAUAAAUAUAUUGUGGGAACUGUCACCCAAGGGUACACUAUGAUAAUAAUGGCUUUUGAGUAUCGUAAACUGAAAUCAUCCGAUCCGACUUUCUAUAAGAAUAGGCAACACGAGUAUCUUAACAUUUUUAAACAAACUGUCAUUCAAAUAACUGAAUCUGUACAGCAUUAUUUGGACUUGAAUAAUAACAUAAACUUUAAAUCGUCAAUUUCUUGUGAUCCACAAUCAUGGAAAGAAGGAGAAAAUUAUAUACGAAUCAAAAACUAUGCAUCAAUUAGAAGUUUAAGCACCGCUUCGGAUGAUUUCAUACACUCAGGUCCUGAUCCAAGAGGGAUCGAAUAUGAAUGUAAAGAUUUUGCUCAAUAUCUAGAUUGGGCUAUCCCAGAACUUAUUGCCACUCAACAUUGUCCAGGUGUAUUUAUCAGAAGAGCAACCUGUGCAUAUUCAGAAUUCACAGAUUUUGCUACCCGAAUGAUGGUUAGAAAAUGUGUUUUAGGUUUUUUUCCAAUGUUACACGAACACUGUUUUUGUGAUGAUAAUUCCGAUCCCGUUCUGAGUGUUCGUAAAUUAAGUUUAUUAAUGCAAACAUGCAGAAUUGAAAGAAGAGAAGUUGUAACAAAUACGCGAUUCCAUGUUCAAGAUGGCAUAAUUAGCAUCGAAAUUCAAUGUGGGGUGUUUGUUAACGGUAAAGUUGAUCCUAAUACUCUUAGAUGGAAUACAGAUGAUAGACGUUACACAAGAGCAAAUCAUCCAGACUAUGUUGUGCUUUCUGGAACAUUGAGAUCAUUUAAUCUGGAUGAUGUUUUAUUACCUGACGGAGAAUUUGUGACGGGUGUUAAGUUUGAAAAAUUGAACAAUAACCAUUUUUCGUUAGUUCUACGAGGAACUGAAAUGUAUGAUUCUAAUAACCGAAUUAUCAGUGGAAAAACUAGUUUACGCUUUCCUCAAAAUACCGGAAAUUCCAGAGUGAAUAUAGAUUUAUAUCAACUUAGUACACCUCUGGAUAUAAAUACACAAACUUAUGAAAUGAGUCAAUCGGGACGUCAUUACGUCGAUUUAACAAUAUCUCAAUUUUCAGAUAAGUAUCAAAAUAACGCGGUAAUGCCAUUUUUAGAUAUGCAACCGGUCAAUGUAUCACCAUCAGUACCACUAGGUGGACUUGGAUUAUUUUACAAGAGUCAACCUGAUUAUGGCGGGUUUUUGGCUUUCAAACAUAUUUCCCCAAAAUUCAUACAUUUCAUUAGUAACAACUACGUCAAUAAAUUGACUAUCACAUCCCCAGCUGCUUAAUUCAUUGAGUAUUCAGUAUUGCCUACAUGCAGAUGAUGUUACAGUAAAACUUACACAAUUUUGCUAGAUAUAAGCAUAUAUAAUUAUACCUGCUCAGAUCUAAUCAUAUAUUAGCAGAUAUAGAGAUGUAUUAUGAUUGAUAUCCAAGUAGAUAUGCGUAUAUCCAAGCAUAUAUAAGUAUAUCUGCUGAGAUCCAACUAUAUAUAAGCAGAUAUAAAAAUUUAUAUCCAAGCUGAUAUACUUAUAUCCAAACAUAUAUGUACAUAGAGUUAUGUCUGAUCAGACCCAACUGCAUGUAUAUGGGUAUAUAGAUGCAAAAAUAAUUCAUAUCCAAGAAUUUAUGACUAUAUCCAAAAAUGUGUGUCUAUAUGUAGCCAUAUUUGGUCAGAUCCAAUAAUAUUUAAAUACAGGUAAAGCUCCUGAAUCGUCGAACUGACGGGGUUCUACUGCGAACAAGACAUUAAAUAUAGAGUUUUUUUUAGUCUAAUUAUACACCAAUAUCUGAGUUAUAUACGAAAAUUAAAAAUUUUUUUUUUCUUACUGAUUUUGAUAUAUA